ACCCAAUCGCAAUCACCCCACCCCCACCACAACAAAGGAGAGGGGGACGCACAAAAUGUCGAAACUAAACCCCCUGCUCAAUCUCUUCCGAAGAUAUCACACGCAAAACCUUCGUACCUCGAUACGAACCCCACGCUUCCAAUCCGCAACCCGUCCACAAUGUCGAUGCACGCGCUUCCAACCACAUGUCUUGCUCUUCCGGCAGCAAAAACGCUACGUAGGCGGCGGACCAGGCCUAGACCCAAACUUCGUUUCCAUCCUCGAUCGUCCCACCAAAAUGGCGCGCGCAGGCCAACAGCACGGCCCGGGCCUCAUCAUCCUCGCCAUUAUACCCGUCACCGCUUUCCUGCUCGGAUGUUGGCAGGUGCAGAGGUUGGGCUGGAAGACGGAUCUGAUUGCGCGGUUUGAGGAUAGGUUGACGUUUCCGCCGCUGGAGCUGCCGCUCAGAAUUGAUCCAGAGGCUGUCAAGGACUUUGAUUAUAGAAAGGUGUAUGCCACGGGCGUGUUGAGACAUGAUCAGGAAAUGUUGAUUGGGCCCCGCAUUCUGGACGGCGAGGAGGGGUAUACGGUUGUGACGCCCUUGGAGCGCAAAGAUGCAAGGGGCAAUGUGCACAAGAUACUGGCGUGUAGAGGUUGGAUUAAGAAGGAAGCGAGUCCGCAAUGGUUUCGCAAGAAGAAUGGUGCGCUGCCAGAAGGCGAUGUUACCAUUGAGGGUCUGCUGAGGAUACCACCCAAGGGAAACAUGUUUACGCCCAAGAACGAACCUGAGAAGGGCAAGUGGUUUUUCCCCAGCGUCGAGGAGAUGGCAGAAUACAGUGGAAGCCAGCCUGUGUGGGUGGAGGAAACAAUGACGCCGGACCUGCUCACAAACUAUGAGCGUGAGCCAAAAGGUGUACCAAUUGGAAGAGCGCCGACCGUGAACCUGCGGAAUAACCAUACGCAGUACAUCUUCACGUGGUACGCGUUGAGCUUCGCAACCUCGGUCAUGUUUUGGAUGGUCGUUAAAAAGCCCAUGUCGGGCACUCAACGACGAGUACGACACAGUGUUGACUGGUCGUAAAAUACUAUCAUCGCCUUUUACUCGUCAUCAUCCUCUUCUUCUUGUACAGGAUUUAGCCGCUUCCGUUUUUGGCCCUUUAGCUUGGUUGGUGGCUCCAUGCGUAGCUGCUGGAGUAGUUCUCUAGGAAGCAUUUUUUGCGCUAGCGAAAACGACGUACUACUGUCUGUAGUCGUCCGGGUUCUGCUCGUCGUUAGUGAACCGACUUGAAUGUAGGUUAGAUCAUGUACAACAUACCGUUUCAUAAGCGCUACGACGUCGCUUUCUUCAA